GGCCUCCUUCCUCUCCUCCUUUUUCUCCCUGUCCGACUUUGUUGCUCUCCUACUCCGCUAGCCCGUCUGCAGUCUCUCCGGGGAGCCGAAGAACAACUCUGCGAACUCCCAAACAUGGAAGGCGACAAUAUAAUAAUGCCUGUUUGACUCGGGGACAAUUUCCAAGAUGCCAGGCCUUUUGUCCAGUCCUGUGUGUCUGACAGUCAUCUGGUUUUUAUCUUGGUCGCUGCGUCCCAGUCGUGCUCAGAUUUGGACUGAUGAAGUGUCAGGCGUGCAGUAUGGGCGCCUGGAGUCAAAUGUGACACUGGCAUGCGGAGAGUCACGAACUGGGAUAUCUGUGUUGUGGCAUCUCAACAACAGCUCGGCAUUGCCAUGGCACAAAGUGACAUCAAAUGGAAGCUUAGUCCUGCUGCACGCCGACCUCUCAGCGCAGGGCGACUACAGCUGUUAUGACGACCAUGGGCUUCUCCUCCACUCUGUCACACUCAGGCUGGGUCAUCCCCCUGGGCUGCUGAGCAUUUCCUGUCAAGUGCCCAAUCACGCGCAUGUUCGUUGCUCCUGGGUGGAAAAAGAGACGUUCCUGCCAACCAAGUACAAUGCCUCCUUCAGGGGGCUCGGUGAGGAGUGGAGGCCAUGCACUGUGGACAUCACCCACAAGUUCUGUGAUUUGUAUCAGCCUGCCUUCUGGCAACCCAUCCAUACCCUGAAAAUCAUAGAGACCAAUGGGCUGGGGUCUGAGACGACAUUUGUCCGGUUUAAGCUACAUGAGCUAUUGAAACCAGACCCUCCAAAGUCAGUGGUGGUGAAGGAGAUAGAAGGCCAUUCGAUGAGGCUGAUCAUCUCAUGGGACUAUCCCUCUUCCUGGCCACUGCACGAUGCUUUCCCCCUUAUGUUUCAUAUCAGAUACAGGCCACAGGGCUCUAUGUACUGGUCAGAGAUUUACUCUCUCGAUAGUCCAGUUGUGGUUUUCGAUGCCCUGGCUGGCCACCUCCACCAAGUUCAGAUUCGAGGCCGAGACGAGGUGAACUCUGAGAGCCAGUGGAGUGAAUGGAGUCCCCUGAUUCUUGUCCGGCCCUGGGAAGGUCAGAAAGACCUCACCACCCCUGAGCCUACAGAUGAUUACCUGCCAGAAGAUUUCUGGAUCACAAAACCUGAAACCUCCACUGCAAAGUCACACAAUCCUUCACUUGAGGAUGAAGGUAAUUUGGGUUUGGUGAUUCUGCUGGUUUUGUUCUCCGUGGUCGUCCUCACCACCGUCCUUUCCCUCAUCUUUGUCGUGUGGGUGAGGCAGAGGCGGCGUGAUCAUGUGACCAUUCAGGAACUCGCCUCUAUGGUCAAGAUGAAGUCCAUGCCAAUCUAAUGUUGAUUUCAAGCAUCUUCAGCUCAUCAGCCCGUUCUAGGGCUCCUCCCAAGAGUCAGCCUCUGCCUUUACCACUGUAGAGUGCUGGCUGUUUUAACUACACUAACCAGAAUGCAUCAGCCAGAGUCCAACCAGGAUCCAGGACAACAACAGGAACAAACCUAUACAAGGAACUUGGCAGAGUAGGGUAAAACGACCCAAUAUAUUAAAGCUGACUAAAGGGUAUGUUGUGCAAGAUUUCCCUGGAAAUAUUCAGUGGUCAUACAGUAACUGAUCUACCCAUAAUGCAUCAGGAGACCCCACCUACUGUCCAUGGGGACAGGGAAAACAGACCCUACUCUGUUUCUUCAUGUUCACUUCAGCAACUUCACUGCAGCUCACUCCUCAGCAGACUGUAGGAGUGACGAUGCGUAACGACGUUUGAGUUCACUCACAAUCAAUGCUGCUUCAGGUGGACUGACUCCUCAGCCUUGUUGGAGAGGAGCGACAUUUUAUUUCUUUUAAACAAGUAAGGACAGAAAGUGCAACAGGAGAACUUUGCUGGGACAACUUGCCUUUUUUCUCUCACCCAGAACUCCUCCUUUUUUUUUUUUUAGAUCAAUUGUGAGAAGUAACAGAUUAAUGUACGUCCGUUAUUACAUCGACUGACCAACCGACUCAAUGCUGUGAAGGAAGCAUAACUUCUGCCAGUCUCUCUGUGUGCGUCUGAUGCCAAAGCAGCAACUAAGGGGCAUUAUGUUCUCAGCUGAGGGGCGACCUGUUCCAGGCUCCUGACCUGAGGGGACAUGGAGGACAUGGAGAAUGGAGGUCCAGGGUGGGCGGGUUAGGUUAUCUACACUUCAUUUACGACAAGUGAUUUGUUUUAUGUUGCAUGAGAUGCUUGUUUUGUUGUCCGAUGUCUUUUGUUUUUUUAUGUUAUACCUCUUUCUAUCCAUCCAUCCAUCCACUGUUCCUGAAUGUGUGGGAAUGAAAGACACACAUGCAGAGAAAGAGAGAGAGAGAGAGAGAAGAAAAGAGAUACUGGUCUUUAACAAACCAUCAGCAUUACAUAGAUACUUAGAUAGAUGAUAAUUAAUCAGAGAUAUUUAGCUGUCCUGUCUAGACCUCGAAGAACCCAGAGUAACGUUUCUCAAGUCAGUUUUGAAAAUGGUAAUAUGUCAGCAUUUCUGUAAGACAUCAAACACUUUCAACUCAACUCAACUUAAAAUUCACACAUGCACCCUUUUAAUUGAAUCGCCCCUGUUGAAAGUGGACACACCCAGCACCACUGAUGGGUGUGGUAAGGUGUGGUCUGAGGUGUGCUUUAUUGCACCUGUAACCACAGCCAUCAGUAAUGUCACAGGAUCCUGGGGUGCACCUGUACGUGUGGUGAGAAGUUAAAGUACCUCUUUAAAAACAGAAUGACAUCUCUGUGGCUCACAAAAACAGUUUUUUUACACUCUGUGAAAUACAUGCUUAAUAUGACAUUGUCCACUGCAGGACUGGAACUAACAGUUAUUUUCAUUAGCAAUCUGUCUUCUAUGAAAUGUCAGAAAAUCCCUCAGAAUUUCCAAAAGGUUAAGAUAACAUCCUCAAAUUACUUCUUCUGUCUGACAUGGCCAAGGAUAUUUAAUUUAUGUUUAUAUAAAAGCUGUUGCUGUAACUGGUAAAUAUUUGUUGUUGGUCAACAAAUGGAUCAUCAGCCUUCAGCAGCAGGCCGGUGUUACACCAUAACAGUUACUAUAACCCCUUUGGACCUUGAUAAGACCCGAUAAGACUCACUCUUGCAUAUAAGUUGUUCAGCCUAGUUCAUUACAGGUCAGAUGUUACCUGCAGAUAACGAGACAAUAAGAGGCAUAUUUUAAUUGGACCCAGAGGUUUAUCAAAGUUCAUCAAUAUUAUGAUAUAGUUUGUAUGUUGUAAGAGAAAAAAGGCACAAGAACAACUUUCAAAAUAGUUGGUAAGCUGUCCUACCCAAGGACACAAUGCAAUGAUGAUCUACAUGUAAUGGAAUACAGUACAAAGACUGUUUAAUUAAUGUUGAACUCAUAAACUUGAUUGUUUCAGUGGGUAUGGAACUGAAGGCUCAUUAAGCAAGAAUAGGGUGAUUAAAAUAUUUAGAGAAUUCAGGGCACACAGGGGUCGAGGCUUCAAACCAACACUGAAUCCCCGAGGCAGCACUGCAUAAAAAAACAACAUGGUUGUAUAAAGGAUAUUUUCUACAUGUGCUCAGAAAGACUUCAAGAAUCAGUCGUCUGUAAACAGUUCACCACUACAUCUACAAAUGUAAGUUAAAACUCUACCAUGUAAAGCGAAAGCCAGAUAUCAACAACAUCCAGAAACACAGCUGAUCUGAGAUGGACUGAACAGAAAGUGGACGUUUCAAAUUGCCAGGCUGAAUUUACAUUAUACAAAGUGUUCUAACUUUUUUGGAACUGGGGUUGUAAUCAGGGGAUAAAGCUGACUCAACGUCAUUUGAGAAACCAUCAUCUUACCUAAAAGUCCAUGGGGAAAUAGCCGUCAUGCAUGAGUCUCAGAGUUUUGGCUGGCAUGUAGACAGCACCACUGUCACUCAUAUGGGAAUGAAAAUGGAUGCAGAAAGCGCUGGAAGCAACUUUGACAGGGGGCUUUAUUGCACAGGGCUGAGUGGGCUCUCACGUCACCGCUACCAUCUCCACAGACAGCACUUAAAUGAUUUACGGGCAGUUACCAUGGAAACAUAUGCGCCACUUUAAAUAUGAUGCACCGGUUAAUUAAAAUGUAGGGUGAUGAUAUUUUACAACAAACAAGAGCACGAACACGACUGACUGACAAGAGUGACUCUCGCUCACUGUACUCGUGUCUCACGUCCCACCGGCUCGUGGAAAAUGAAUGAUUUCUGGGUGGUCAGUGUUCACCGUAUGAAAAUCCCUAAAUACCUCUAGUACAGUAUAUCUGGUUUAGUUUUGCUUUCCACAUCUGCGCCUACAGUACAAACCUUGUGUCCUGGCUAACUUUCUGCAACAGAUGGAAGUGAGAGGCUUGCAUUAAAAAAAAAUAUAUAUUUCUUUCUUUCUUUCUGUUGGUCUGGUGGUUAUAUUUUGUUGAUCCAAAGCUGUGUAGUCUUCAGUUGAUUGAUUGAUUGAUUGAUUGAUUGACUGUAUAGUUUGUAUAAGAAACACAGGGUGCAUCUAUGUCAAACCUUUUCCAGUUUGACAACUGUAUGUUCUCUCAAGCUAGCUCCACAUAUUAUGCAUGGAUCCAGUUGAAGCUUUUUUUGUGUAUUAUUGUGUAUCACACUUUAAAAAAAAAAAUACAUUUCAUGUAUGUUAUUAUAAGUGAUUGUUUAUAUGUAGAGAGAAAAAAAAACAUAUUCUUUGGGAUAGUUUUGCAGACAUGGUUUAACUCAGUCUUGUGUUCAUUUGUAAUAGACAAAUUAGCAGUUAUUAUAUGUACGCUUCAAUUUUGAAACCCAUUAGACAAAACCUGCUUUUUUUAAUGUAAUUCUUUCUUUACAAGGAAUCUAAUUCCAGAUAACUUUAGAAAGUACGAUCUCCCACAGAUAAAUAGGAUUAGUGACUGAGGAUGAUCCAUGUCUGGAGAACCUUCCCAGCAUUGUGUAUUUGUUAUUCUACCCAGUUAUAUGAAGCUGUGUUACUGUACGAUUACUGUAUGGACAAUGUGUUUACUGAAUUUGUCUUCACCCACUUUGCUUUACUUCAGUGUUGCAUUUCAUUCGUUUCUUUGCAGCCAGAUGAAUUUUUAUUUUUUUUUUCAGCUCUUCUCGCACCCCCUGUGGCAACAAUCACAAAAUUGUAUUUUCAAAUUAUCUUUGGCAGAGAGCUGAUCUUUUGCUUUCUGUUUGAAUUGGAAAAUAUCAGCUCUAGAUAGAUAUCAGAUGGCUGUGAGCUAGAAAGGGAUGGAGUAUCUGAAUGUUUAGAGGCUGUGUAAACUAAAAAAUGAUACCUGUUACUCAUUAUAACUGGAUUUGAAAGUUAAGUAGUAAAGGAUGGGCCAGUAAUGAACAAAUGUAUAUAUUUUUUUAUGAUUAUCUCCAAACAUGAACUCACAACUCAACAAUCUCCCUCAGUGCUUUUUAAUUCUAGACCUAUGUUUGGUUGACUUAAUCAAGAUAAUGAACAGGCUACCUGUUUGCUCAUUGUAACAUAAAUACUGUAUGCUGUUUAAGCAUAACCACACAUCAUUUAAAAAUCUGGUAAAUAUAAAAACCCAGAGUGUUAUAACUGACAUGAGGAAAGCCGGUUUGUCACAAUUUCUGGAUUUCACAUGCAACAAAGUUAUUUUUGCAAUCUAAAAAGCAAAACAAAAGUCAGAAAUUUUUUACGCUAAAAACGUUUUAUGACAUAUUUUCACGAAAUUGUGCUAGGUCCAGUUUUAUAAACCUUUCAUCAGAUUGAACAGUCACUGAUACUGCACAUGGCCCACAUAAAAGUCAAAGUGAACCGUUGUCUUUCUGUAUACCGUGUAACUUCCGAUUGUCGCCUUUCUGUUUCACUCUCGUGGUGUUUUCUCUGUUUUCGUGGUAUUUCCAGUCUUUCUAUGUUCCUCUGCAGUAUGUGAUGGCAGAUGGAGCCUGGAUGGUUUUAGUUCUUAUAACUCAAAUUACACUCAGGCAUCCAUUUUCAGAUGUACAUAGUCCUUUUUCUUUUUUUUUUUUUGCUUAAUGUGUACGACAGAUAUCACCAUAAGCUGUUUUUUUUCUUCCUGUCCUUGUAUGUGUCUGUGAAAUAAAUACUAUUUUAUCACA